GAGGCGACACGUGGCCGCACUCACUGGGCGCCCUCCGCCGAGCUGCUGCGUGGCCAUGGACAUAGGCGCCGAUGAGUUCGAGGAGAGCCUCCCUCUGCUGCAGGAGCUCGUCCUGGGCGCGGACUUCGUGGGUCUGGACAUAGAGUUCACCGGCCUGCGUUCUAACCUGUCUGGGCCCCAGCAGAUCAGCCUGUUUGACUUGCCAUCAGAGUGGUAUCUAAAGACCCGUCAGAGUGUUCAGCAAUUCACCAUCUGUCAGAUCGGAUUGUCUGUGUUCUCCAGUAUUGAAGGCGAGUCGAACAAGUAUGUAGCUCAUUCAUGUAACUUCUUCCUCUUCCCUACGACAUUUGGGGUUUUGGACUCAGAGUUCUCUUUCCAGGCUUCCAGUGUUCAGUUUCUGAACCAGUAUGGCUUCGACUAUAACAAGUUUCUCAAAAAUGGAAUCCCCUAUAUGAACGAAGAACAGGAGAAGAAAAUUAAGCACAACAUCCUGACUGGGAACUGGAAAGUUCGCAGCUCUCUGGACAAAGAGCAGAUCAAGGUGGUGAUUGACGAGGUGACGCGCUGGCUGGACCUGGCGGAGGAAGGGGACUGGAUGACCCUCCCUGGCAUCGCUGGCUUCCAGGCCUUUGAGAUCCAGCUCGUGCUGAGGAAGGCCCUCCCUGACAUCUGGACAGCGCUGAGAGACCAAGGGGUGGUUGUGAAGAAGGUGAGUACGCAGCACCGCUGGUAUCUUGAGAACACCUCCUGUGAUCGAGAGAGCUGCUGGAAGGAGAAGAUCCUUCUCUCUGCGAGGGGCUUUUCCGUGUUCUUCCAGAUGCUGGUGAAAGCUCGGAAGCCCUUGGUGGGACAUAACAUGAUGAUGGAUCUGCUGCAUCUCCAUGAGAAGUUCUUCAGACCUCUCCCAGAAAGCUACGAUGAAUUUAAGCUGAAUAUCCACAACCUAUUUCCUGUUCUCAUUGACACCAAGAAUGUGACAAAGGAUAUCUGGAAGGAACUCAAUUUCCCAAAGGUUUCAAAUCUCUCAGAAGUUUAUGAAGUCCUGAACAGUGACGUGAACCCCACCAAGAACUCCGGGCCGGUGAUCAUUCACGCCAGCAGGUGUGAGAAGUACGUGGAGACCAAGUACCCCCACGAAGCAGCAUACGACGCCUUCCUGUGUGGGUCAGCUUCUUCUCUUCCAGUUCUGUUGAAGGUGGCGCACCUGCUCCUGUGGAAGGUACACAGCGCUAUUCCCAUCCCCGAGCCCAGCUUCCCCCUCUACCUGGAUGUGCUGGCGCCCUAUGUGAACCAGGUGAAUCUUAUCCGAGCCGGGGUCCCCAAAAUCAACUUUGCAGGCCCAGACUUCCCCAGCAUCCGCCCCCCCAUCCUCAUCCUCACCGUCAGGAGGUGGCCGGGGGUCAGUGAGCAGCAGGUCUACCGCGAGUUUCAGAACCUCUGCAAGUUCGAUGUGAGGAGGCUCACGCGGAGCCAGUUCCUGCUCAUGACCAAUAAGUUCAAGGACACGAGGAGCAUCCUGAAGGAGUAUAAGUGCCACCCAACGCUGCAAAUCUCGCUGUACCGCUACUGGAGACACUCCCCGAACAUCAACUGCCUGCUACGGGUCUGCGGCAUCGUUACCACCUGGGCCUUCAUCGCGUUUCUCCUGGGAAGAGCUGGCCCCUGAGGGCAGCGAGGCCGCCUGCAGCUCCGUCCUGUCUCCACGCGCCCCCUGCAGGGCUGUGUGUUUACCUCACAUCCUCCGUGCACAUGGAUCGGUCCAGUCCUCACAGGGAACUGUGUUCUGUUUUCAGCGUGAAAAAGUCUGUCAAUAUUAUCACUGAUAAGUCCUUUGUUUGUGGCCCAAACGUUUCUUUCUAUAAAUGACUGAGGGGAAGGAAUGUCUCCUGGGCGUUUAAGCUCACAUUCCAGAGUGUCUUCUGAAAUGACAGCUAGGCAUCCAGCGGAGCUGGCCGCUGAGCAGGCCAAAGGCUCUGUUAUUUCUGGGAGAGAAAUCAUUAGCCAGUCAGUUGACAGGGAUUUAGGCCUAAGAAACGGCCCGAGUUUUAGUAAAGGGGAAAAGUAAAGCCAAGUGUCCAUGUG